UGCUCGAACUGUGGGACUACAAAGACUCCUCUAUGGAGAAGAGCACCUGACGGGUCACUCAUAUGUAAUGCAUGUGGGUUGUAUUACAGAGCAAACAAUUGUCAUAGACCGAUAAACUUGAAAAGACCUCCACACGUUGUCACUCACCUGGAGAACGUUGCUAUCGCCUGUUCGAACUGUGGCACCACAGUGACACCGCUGUGGAGACGUGAUGAUAACGGGGAUACCAUAUGCAACGCCUGUGGAUUGUACUAUAGACUUCACGGCUCGUAUAGGCCUUCUAAGCUGAAGAGAGGCAUCAUCAAGAGAAGAAGGCGC